AUGUCACUUUUAUAUAAUAAAGGAUGUGAAGAUUCUGGAGAAUUUAUCAAAUGUCAUAUGAGUUUAUGUUCCAUAAAUCCAAAUAAAUUACAAUCAUCAUAUUGUACGAUUGAACCUAAGUUUGUUAUAACACAACGUCUUUUUAAUAAUGCUUUAAUUAACACUUCAAAAAAUAUAUUUACAUACGAACAUUAUGGACCAGAUUAUGAGUCUAGUAUAACCAUUCUUUCAAAUGAAGAUAACGAUGGUAUUUUGAUUCUAUAUGAAUAUAAUCCAUGGUAUUUUAAAUAUCCAAAAGAAACUUAUUUAUGUCGCCUUAGAAAUAAGAAUCAAAAGAUAUCAUUGUGCGAAUCCAUUAAUGUAAAUUAUAUAGGAAAAAGUAUUUCAUUUAAUUCAUAUGAUAUUAUUAAUAUAGACGAUAAGAAAAAUGAUCUAAUUAGUGUGAAACAUUUAAAAAAUCCUAAACAUAGAAUUAUUAAAUUGAAAUAUAAUGAAAUUACUCUUGAGAAGUAUUAUCGUCAUUAUGUAAGAACAAAAUAUAAUCCACAUCAAAUUUACAGGUAUAUCAUAUGUGAAAAAGAUGAUCAUGGUAAUACGAUGUGUGCUAAUUCUAAUUAUAAUGGAAAAUUAAUUCAUUUAAUUGAACAAUAUGGACUCAGCCCUCCAAAUGAAGAAAGAAUAGUGUAUCUUCCAAAUAAAUGCUUAAAAAGUGAUUCAAAUUUGUUAUGUACUCCAUAUAUGUGUAUAAAAAAUGAUUUUAAUGAAUCAUAUUCAUGUGAAUAUGAAGAAAUUAGUAUUGUAAAAAACAUUUUUCCAAGUCCAGAAACAUUCAAAGCAAUAUCGACAAAUCAUAAGGCUAUUUAUCAUGAAAGUAAUCUUAGAUCUUCUUCAGUUUAUGCAAUGACUCUCAUGCCUUUUUUAAUUAUUUUCAUUUUUUUUUUUUGUUAUAUGUAUAAGAUUUUUAGAAAGAAGAGAAGUAAGCUAUUUACAUAA